AUGGAGGAAGAAAGCCAUGGUUCUAACUAUGGUGAAACCGAAACAAGCCCAAGUGCAAGUACUUCCAGUGAAGACAGCAUCCUUAAUUCCUCCGAUCAUUCCACUCAUGCUUCCAGACCUGCAGAGAGAAUCACCAUUUAUGAAGAAAAAGCAGAAGAAGGUGAAGAUAGUGACUGUUACGUUGUAUGCUGUAAGCGCCUCAAACAUGCACCACCAAUCACACAAGAUCGAAUCAGCGCCUUGCCGAACUCGAUCCUCCUCAACAUCCUCUCUUCCUUGCCCACCAAAGACGCUAUCAAAACUGGUGUUCUAUCCAAAAGAUGGUCCUACGUUUGGACCUCAGUUCCUUCUCUGAGUUUCACCGAUGAUUACGAAAACACAGACCAUUUUGCCACUGCUGUAGACAACACCUUACUCCUACACAAGGCUCCCAAGCUCACAAAGUUUUAUCUUCGAUUCAAUUACAAGCCAGACCUGAAGCCUCGACUCGAUCUUUGGGUUCGUUUAGCCACAAAUGCCAUGGUGGAACAGCUCAGUUUACGUUUAACGUAUGCCCAUGUUUUCAAUUUUGAGACCUACCUAUUGCCUCAGCAUCUCUACACCAAUCAGUUUGUUUCUGAAUUGGAUUUUAGUUUCUGCAAUAUUAAGCCUAUUGGGGUGGUACAUUUGAGUUCACUCAAGCGCUUGUGUAUUGGUUACACCGCGCUGUGUGGAGAUGAUAUAAGGAAAGUGGUGAUGGGUAGUCCUAGGCUUGAAUACUUGGAAUUGAAUAAUUGUUGUAGGCUUAAUCGGUUGGAUAUAGCGUCGGAAAGUCUGAAAAAAUUGGUGAUAAAUAACCAUUUUAUGCUUACUGCAGCUGGGAAAAUUGAUGAUCCUGUGUUUGAAUUGGAAAUUGUGGCUCCAAAGAUUGAGUCAUUGGAAAUUCUGGGAACUUUUUGUAUGAAGAAGUGUCGGAUAAAGGAUGUGUCGUCGUUAGUUAAGGCUAAGCUUGAUUUCAGCAUGGCAGUGCUUAAGGUUGAAGAGGAAAGUGCUUGUAAUGAGUAUCAAGAAGCUGUGAGAGAACUUCUUGAGAGUCUGCAUCAUGUGAAGGAACUUUUUGUUGGCAAAUGGUGUCUCAUGGUUCUAUCUCUAAUGUCAGUGAAGCAUGUGCCUUCUCCACUGUUAAAGUGUAAAUAUGUAACGGUGAAAACAAGCAUGAAGAAAUGGGACCUCCCUGGCAUUGCAAGCCUGCUUCAAAGUUUGCCUUAUGUGGAGAAAUUGGUUAUAGACAUAUCACACCAUAACUUAGGGUUUAAGAUUCUAGAAAGACACUACCUCAGUUAUUACAACUAUGAUGACAUGAGCCAUUGGAAAUCAAAGGAGAUUUAUUUCAAGUUUUUGUUGUUGUGCCUCAAGACUGUCAAGAUUUUUGGUUUCGGAGAAAACUUGGUCAACAUAAAGGAAGUAUUUGUUUUAGUGGUACAAUUUCUACUUAAGAAUGCAAAUGUGAUGGAGAAGAUGAUUAUCACUAAACCUCGGGUUAUGCAAAAUCAGAGAAAAUCAGGAUGGAUUGGAGGGCAGUGGACACCUGCAAGUAGAGCAGUCUACAAUUUGAGCGACACUGUUGCCCGUUGCACUACUCAGGUGUAUCCUAGGUGA